AGCCAUUGGCAAUUUGCAAGUUUCUACUAAUUCUACACUGCACCAGUUACUGCAAGCCGCCACUUGCAAGUGCAUGUGUAUGCGUAUGUAAUGCCCAGCAUCAUUGCCAUUGGCACCGUGACGCCAUCACGUCCAACGCCAGCGGGUAGGACCGCGAUCCCACAUCAUCAGUGAACCUUGUGCAGCGGCUACAAGUGGGAGAUUGGCGCACUUCGGACGGGCGCAACCCGCAUGCACUGGAAACCAAUGAGCCUCGUCGAUUACCCAACAACUUCGGACUCUGAAGACGAUUCCGCAGAAGAUGGCCUCAUAGAAAAGAAAAGGCAAAGAAGCGACUCAACGUCCCGCACCCCAUUAACGGAACCUGAAAAGAAACAAAGACGGGGGGAAAGUAUGCGAAGCAAUGUCGACGAGGAAAUGUCCCGAAUUCGACAGGCGCCUUUUGUAGAAGGAAACUGGCCGACAUAUGUUUACUGUUCAUUCCGCCCUUCUGUGAAUCUCCUCGAUCUCAUUGGGCGUAUCAAUCAGCGAGCAAGCGCAAUGGUGCCGACGACACAGUUCGUCGAGUUUUUGGAAGGUGGUCUUCAUAUUAGCCUGUCUCGAACGGUCUUUCUCAAGGUCUUUCAAAUCGAUCGAUUUGUGAACGUACUGACGAGAAAGCUAACGGGACGCCGGAGGUUUUCAACUGGCUUCACCAAUAUCACUAAUUAUACCAAUGACGAUGGAAGUCGGUCUUUUCUUGGCAUUGAUGUUGGACAUGGACAAGAUGAGCUAGCGUCUCUUGUCAAGGAUGUGAAUAGUGUGAUUGCACAAUUUCGCCAAGAUACAUUUUAUGAUAAUCCGUCUUUCCAUGCGUCCAUUGCAUGGACAUUUGGCACAGCCCUCAACGGUUCUGUGGUAAAUAGCAUGCAGGACCUGGACGCUGAACUAAGACACUUUCAAUUUCCGAUAGAUGCUGUCACUUGUCGGAUAGGCAAUAAGUUAUACAGUUUCCCUUUGGAAGGAUGAUUUGCCAGGGUCAUUGUUCAUCGCCCGUAUGUUGGUGACCGACGUUACGUAACUUCUGAUUUACGUUCUUGCAUUGUUUCUAUUUGCAAUCAGGAUCGUCAUUGUUCUAUUUGCAAUCCGGACAAGUCUGGAGCAACCAUAACUUUAAAAGAUUUGUAAUAGCUUGCUUUUGUUUACAAUAAGAUGGGCUUCCUACACCCUUGCGGCGCUGAUCGCAGGAACAUGGAAACCUCCGCCCGAGAUAUUUGUCUCGAGCGUGGUCAUAUGAAGCUUUAAACCAAAUACAGAUACUUAAAACUUCCAGG